CACAUGUGCCGGCAAAAAGAGAGACCAUUCUGAUUUAUGUGGUUUGAAGAGCAGGGAGGACUGCAGUCCAACUGGUGCCCUUAUCCCUAUAUGGUGGGCCCUUUGGCUCGUAGGGAAAAGGGAACCAUUUGGGAUGGAGACACAGUCUUCUUUAGCCUUCAAACCCUCCUAACACACAUAAAUCCUUCUCUUCCACUGCUACCUAUUAAAUUCAGACCUGUGGUUUAUUACGAUAAAAUAAAUGCUGAACUGAUGGAAAUAACUGCACUGUAAGUCAGAGAAGGUAUGCCACAUUGUGUGUUUGAGGUCACAGAUAGUUGCCUUGCUUGAAAAUGUCAUACAACCUUAAGAUCUGUCGUAUCUGUGAGAGGGGUGUGUGAGACAAUGGAGCUCUUCUUCACUCCCUCCCUCCCUCCCUCACCUCUCACCCCCAUCCCCUCUUGUGACCCAACCUUUCAAUCCCUGUCCUCCUUACCCCUCUCUGACCUGAUCCUGACUCCAUCAUGCUCCCCUCGACCACAGGGGCCAGAUCGACUGGUCCCACAGGGUGUUCGGAGGGUCCCAAAAAUGAUGGAUUUUCCCUAACCGAUUCACACACCCAAGGUGUUAUGACUGAGUAGCAGUUUAAAAACGACUUAGUAAUGAUGUUAAAAUAAUAUGCAUGCAGUUUUUUGUCCCUGAAGCUCAAGGUCACAAAGAAUAAUUUGAUUUUAGUGACAGUGUUUGUGCCUUGUGUGUGGACACCAGGAAACCCGUCCACUUGCUCCAGGGCACAUCCACAUACAUUUGGAUUUCGUGGGUCCUGUGGUCCGAAGUCUGGUUAGAGAUUUCAACCUGAGGUGAUUUCUGGUCUGGGCAGCCUGUUUUAUUGAGCUCAUCUUGCUUUGAGGUUCUCCUUCUAAUGGGACCAUUUGGUCUUGCUGCCUUCAGGGUAGACUACUCUACAACCUUGUAAAGCCCCCCCCUAUUGUGGAGCUGGUGCUAUCUGGAGUUCAUGCGCACACACACACACACACAGACGCACACACGCUAUGACCUGUAGAACCAGGGGCCCCCUCCUGAUUUUCUUUAUCACAACACGUGCUUGACUUACAGGGUAAUGUCAGCUGCCAUGGCAACACAGGGCUUUUGUCAGCGAUUAAAACUCCUGUCACUAUAAAUGACAAACAGUGACCCUCUCCACUCUGGUCCUCUCCUUAAAGAAUGCUGUGAUUGGACUGACCAGCGUUUAUUACAUAAUCAUUUAACAAACCAACUCUGUGUUCUCCACGAGCGCUGGACAGAUGACCCUUUGCCCCCUGGAACAUCUAACCCCACCCUAACCCAGCCCCGCCCUAUCUCCACAGAUCAAAGUCCAGAGAAGCACUGGGCUCAGUCAAUACUCUCAUUCAUUCAGUUAAGUCUGCACGCUGCUUCGUCUUUGACCUGACCAUGGAUGGUCCGUCUCUAACUCGUCCCUUUGUGGCGCCCGGCUGGCCAGUGCUUUGAUGUAGCCCGCACAAAGAGGAGGAUGUGUGCGCCUCUGUAGGUUGACUGGAGGACAGUAUCGCUACGACUGAUACAUUAUGAUGGCUUCACAGGGUGUGCUGUUUGUUUGCGUGUGUGUGCGCGCGUGUGUGGUCUUAUUGUGGAGGUGGUAGGAUCAGUAGUAUGCAGUAUCAACCCAGGGAAGUCAGUGAUUUCUGUGGAGAUGGUUGUCACUCCCCCCCCCCACUCCUCUUCUGUCACUCUUUUUCAAGUAAAAUCAUGUUUUUCUUGUGUGUGUGUGUGUGUGUUGAGGACAGUGAGUGUGCAGCAGUGUAAACAGAUUGAGCAGGUGGGCAGCCAUUGAUUAGCUGUUCAUCAGUCUUAUUGCUUGGAGGUGAAGGCCGUCUAGGAGCCUGUCGGUCUGAGACCUGGAUCUGCAAAGCCGCCUGACGGACGGUAGCAGAGAGAUCCGUCCAUGGCUGGAGCCCCCCGUGGCGUUAUUGACUGUGUGAUGUCGUUUGCUCCAACUGCAGGAUCCAGUGGAGAUGGUGAUGUAUAUCGGCCAGGCACUGAAGGACGUGCUGAAGCUGCCUCGCCCCCUGUCUCCCCCGGUGGUUAAGCUGGAGAAGCGUGUGGACGCUGAGUACGGUCUCCCCUCCACCCACGCCAUGGCCGCCACCGCCAUCUUCUUCACCCUCCUCCUCAGCGCCCCUUCACGUGUCCAGUUCCAGUUUGAAGUGGGCCUGUUUGUGGCGGUGUUGCUGUCGACGUUGGUGUGUCUGAGUCGUCUCUACACAGGCAUGCACUCUGCCCUAGACGUCCUCAGCGGUGCUCUGAUCUCAGCCACAUUGAUACUGCUCACCUACCCAUGCUGGGAGACCUUCGACCACCUCCAGCUCAGCUCCCCUCUCUCCCCUGUGGUGGCCUUGGCACUGCCCCUCUUCCUGAGCUACACAUACCCUGAGUUAGACCAUUACACCACCACGCGGGGGGACACCACCACCAUCCUGGGCGUGAGUGCAGGCUGUUCCGUGGGCUACUGGGUCAAUGAGAGGCUGGGGGAGACAUUUGAGCCCCAAGGGGUCCUACCAGUCCCCCUGCCUGCGCUGUCCUUGGGCGGCCUGGCUAUGGGCAGCGCCCGCUUUGCGCUGGGCGUCGCGGUGCUGGUGGCGACCCGACAGGCGGUGAAGACGGCCAGUCUGCGUGUGCUGUGUUCAUGGUACGGAACGUCCAUGAAAGACAGGGACACCAGGAGAAGGAAGGAGAUCGAGGUGCCAUACAAAUUCACCACCUACACAUGCAUGGGCCUGGUCAACUCUAUCCUGGUCAAUAAACUGUUCAUACUACUAGGGCUGCUGUGAGCUUAAAGUGUCAAAGGGCAACUUUGGGUGAAAAGAACUGCUUUAAACUGCAUAGCUGUUCAAAGCACCAUCAUAGCAUAUCAUGAAAUGUUUUCAAACAAACAAACAUUAAGGUGCUCAGCUCCGUGAGUCCAGUUAGAAUGAUAUCUAUAGAAACGGAGGGGUGAGUGGAGAGCAGACACCUAAUCUGAAUAGUAUAGUGGACUUGGUGAGGGGCAGCAUUUAAUCUAUAUCACCAGUCAACCAUUUGUCCAAAGAAAGCAUUUGAUAAUUCUUCAUGCCCAAACUGUCCUUUAUGUUUUAAGGUCAACGUGAUCCUUAACGGUUUGUGAAAGGUGCCUUGUUUAUAUGCCUGACAGAAGUA